AUCGGCGUGCGCGAGCGGGUCGAGAAAGGGGCCGCCCCCCACACGUAUCUCCCGACUCAACGCGCGCCAACGUGGGCCAGGGGGGACACAGAGAGAUCCUCUCCUCCGUCAGAAGGCGACCGGGAUGCGGCCCGUCCCGCAUGCUGCCUCCUAGCUCUGCCGCCGCCGGCAGGAGCAGCGGCGGAGCCGCGGCUCCCAAAGUUCGCCGCCGCCGUUCAAACUCACCGCGGUGCGGCGGCCCACCAUGGUCAUCAUGGUGCGCGCGACCGCGGCGCCGCACCACCACCACGUGGUCCACCCGGUGUUGUGCUGCACCGUCAAGCGCGCCGUGCGACUGCUGCCAUCCGCGCUGCUGCUCAUAUUCGUCCUGUCGCUCAUACUCGUGACCCUGGUCCAGAUUGCCGUCAUCCACUCCCACCGGCGGGCCAUCUACCUCCAGCGGCGACUGGCCAGCACCUCCAGGCCGUCGCCGGCCAGGCCACAGGCCGCAGUCGUCUCCUCCUCGGGACAGCUGCGGCCUGCGGCCGCCUCUCCAGACGGCGGCCCGUCCGGGUCUCCAACGGCCCACUUUCAGGCGUGGUCGGCCGUCCACAGGACCCGGGGCGGGGAAUACUCGCACCGCAAGCCCAACGCGAGCCACAACCGGGCGCAGGCGGCGGUCAGGGCCCGACCUAAUGCGCUCCAGGUCGAGGCACUGCUGGACCGCAACGCGCCGACGGUGGACAACAACAUCAAGAUCUUGACCGGACUGGCGAACGCGGCCAGGAUACGCGACAUCUUCGCCGGUGCCUCGGCUGGGACGCCGCGUCCAACGCUGACGUUGCCGACGUCGGCACGCGAGGAUACGCUGGGGAGUGCUGCGGGGGGCGACGACAAUGAGGUCUCCUGGGAGUUGGUGAAAGAUGAUGUGUACCGGCGGGCGGGCGGCGGUGGUGUGUCGGCCGUUACGGCCGCCCACGAGGACGACGAAGACACUGACAGCGUGCGACGGACGCGAAAGUUUGCGGCGGGCAAAGCGAGGAAGUCGUCUGCCGAAGUGGUUACGCGGCCUCUUUGCCCCGAAGUGCCUCCAGGACUGGUGGGUCGCGUGCAAGUUGACCUCGAUCUGCGGCCGAGGCGGCGACAAACGCAGCGGCCGGCCAAGGCAUCGCAGAACGCUAAGGCUGGCGCCGGAAACGGCGCACCCGCGUCGUCGCCCAUUGGUGGACUGUGGAGCCCGGUGGAGUGCGCCGCGCGUCACCGGGUUGCCCUGGUGGUGCCCUACCGGGAUAGGCGCCUGCACCUGCUCCUGCUCCUGAGGCACCUGCACCCGAUUCUUAGGAGGCAGCUGCUGUCUUACAGGAUAUACGUUGUCGAACAGUACGGCAAUGACACCUUCAACAAGGGCGUGCUGAUGAACGCCGGCGUGAGGGAAGCGUUCCGCGACGCCGACUACAACUGCUUUGUGUUCCACGACGUGGAUCUCAUCCCCGAGGACGACCGUAACAUGUACUCCUGCCCGCCCAGUCCCAGGCACAUGUCCGUCGCCAUUGACAAGUUCAACUACACGUUACCCUACCAGAUGCUGGUAGGCGGCGUGCUAGCCAUAAAACGAGAACAUUUUCUCAAAGUCAAUGGAUUCUCCAACCUCUACUGGGGCUGGGGAGGAGAGGACGAUGACAUGGCGUACAGAAUCAAGCACAAAAAUCUCAAGAUCAUUCGUCCGCCAGCUUCCGUAGCAAGAUACACAAUGAUCAAACACCACCAACGUCCAGAAUCGCCGAACAACAUAAGGAUGGCUCUGGUGCGGAUGGCCUGGUACCGCAUGAACAAGGACGGCCUGAGCACGACCAAGUACCGGCUUGUGAGCAAGCAGGUGCUGCCCCUGUACACGCACCUGCUCGUGGACAUCGGCCACAACCACAAGUGGCACUUCUCCAGCUCGCAGAAGCUUAUAAUCAACCUAUGACCGCCGGGAUCGCCGGCGGCCAGGCCCUGCCCGCUGGCCACGAAGCGUCCGCUGCUUGCUGCUCAUCUCUACGCUCGCGCCAUGGUUUCCCCUGGCAGACCCUGUGUGCGUUGGUUACGACGAAACACUCGGCUGCAUGCAUCCUCGGGAUUCGAGACAAGUGCGACCAGAAGGCCCUGACACAAUGUCCCCGUGUCCGUUAUCUAUGAGCGAUUCAGCCCGACAACUCAGUACCUCGACUCAUCUCCAACUCCACAAGACACCUGCAUGCAAAGUCCCUGUAGAACAGUUACUUGUACCUCUAUGCCAGGUAUGCGCACGGAGUCAGAAAAGCGGCUGUUGAAAGUGCGUCUAUCUGCAGCAAUGACUUCUGCAGGAGAUGCAGGAUGUACAGAGCGUUGAAAGUUUCCUACAUCCUUGGCUGUUCCAGCACCACUGGCAAACCACCUCAAGGGCGCAGAUGAUCUAGAGUGCUCACCCGUGCUCCUUGCGUGGCCUUCUUUGUCCCUGUUUAUUUUACUGCAUACAUUCGCACACACGUCUACACAGUGAAUGAGCGCUGAAAGAAGCUUUGAGAAAAUUAGGCCUGAGGACUGUGCCAAUAUCAUUGCGGUGCGAUGCAAGAGCAAAGCAUGACCUGUCACACUGCGUCACUGGGCGACUGAUCAGUUCUGCGGCGUAAGUUUCACACUGUGCCCGUAACUAGCAAUUUUUGCUGUAGAUUGAUCUCGGUAACUGAUCUCGGUAACUGCAGCCAUGCCUCAGUAGUUGUCAGUUUGCACAAAAGCCUUGACACGCAGGCACUUCAAACUGCUUUCUUUUUUUCGUUGUGAUUUUGAUUACGCACAACUUCGAGAAAGCCAAGCCAUGUGACCAGUGAGCAGAAAAAAAAAGAAGCACAAGCUCUUGAAGAUUGCGGAAUGCAACACAGCAAAAAAAAAAAAUUCUUCUGCAGGUGGUUUUUUUCCGGAAAAACAGAAUCAAACAAGGGGAACAAAGAAGAAGGCACUUGGAAGAGCCUCCAUGCAUUAUAGCGGCUCAGUUUAUACUUUUAAUCAGUAGCGUUAACCACCUGGGUAAAACGACGUCGCCACAAUGAAAAGCUUUGCAGUUUGCUCUUUUCCUUUAAGCUGUCUGCCUUUCAGGCAUGGUUUAUUUCUCAGUUUCUCAGCGGGGUUCCUAUCGUUUAAUUGUGGCACUUACGUCAAAUGGGAAUGUGCGUAGUACAUGCGCUGCCAUGCGUGGGCAGGACAAGUCUUGUUUGGGGUUAUAUAUAUUUUUUCAGUCAGACGAAAAUGUUCGAAAUUAAGUGCGAACGGGUUAUCUAUUUCUUGAUAAACCAAGUGCUUCCACCCUAAUCCAGGCUCACGAGAGCUUCUGCCUCAAAGGGUGAGAAGUCAGGCAUGUGAAACAAUCGGUUCGUUAUCUUUAGCUUAAUAAACGUGUUAAACAGGUUUUUAUCUCCAUGAAACAGAGCUGUUCUCAAGCUGAAGCUUGAGAAGAAGUUAAGGACCGCGCAAAGAGCGAUGGAACGAAGAACGCUAAGUAUAACUGCGAGUCGGCCUAGUUGGAACAGAUUCAUCGUAAAACUUUUUGUGCGCAAACAGACAGGGACGAAGAAUAGGGACAACACGAAGAAUAGGGUCCUUGUGUUGCCCCUAUUCUUCGUCCCUGUUUGUUUGCGCACAAAAAGUUUUAAGAAGAAUGCUAGGCAUAAUUUUAAGAGACAGAAAGAGAGUCGUUUGGAUCAGAGAGCAAACGGGUAUAGACGAUAUUCCAAUAGACAAUACGAGAAAAAAAGGGCGCUGAGCAGGCCAUGUAAUGCGCAGAUUAGAUAACCGUUGGACCAUUAGGGUGACAGAAUGGGCACCAAGAGAAAGGAAGCGCAGUAGAGGACGGCAGAAGACUAGGUGCUGCGACGAAAUUAGGAAAUUUGCGGGUGCCAGUUAGAAUCGGUUGGCGCAGGACAGGGGUAAUUGGAGAUCGCAGGGAGAGGCCUUCGUCCUGCAGUGGACAUAAAAUAGGCUGAUUAUGAUGAUAACGAUGAUGAUGAUGAUGAGACAGAACUGAAUGUACAGAAACGAAAUGUGGCGAAGUUUCUGUAUAAAUUACGUGCAGCAUUCCCAUGUUGUUACCUGACCAGCUACGCCAGUGAAAUGUUGCAGAUAAUGAUUAAUACUACAUAGAUACAGUGUGAGAGAUCAAGUGUGGAUACGCCGCAAACUCUUCCUGAGAGGUAGACAGCUGUAUGAAACUGGCAUUAGUUGUUAAGAAAUUUCUUGUCGCUCUUUGUGUCGGUUAUCGCUAUGCGGGUUCGGACCUGUCAAUUCGCGAUAUAACGCCAACAUUAGAGACUCUUUAAAACAAACAAACAAACAAACAAGCUUUAAGCACAUGGAACAUUACUUAUUUUGGAACAUUAUUCUCUUAAUGGUAUAAGCCACUGCUCAACACAGGAGAGUAUUUUUGUCGUUCUAUGGGCGGCUAAAUUAUUGUAGCGCAAUGAAAAAUGGUGAAAAAAUGGCACCAAGAAAAAGUAGUUGUGUAUGUAUCAAACGUUCAACUAUUAUAAGGGUAUUGUCGUAGCUGCUCGUAGAAAAGUUAGGCGAGAUGUUUAAUGCCGUCCUUUCACCGUUACAUUCGGUGACUAACUUAACAAAGCACUGACGGACACUUUUACUGCCGAUUCCGCUAAUCUCAAUGCUUCAGAAUAUUGUUUUUACCCGCACGGAUAUGGUUGACAUGGCCGUUGUGUAGGUGAGGCAUUUCGCCAUAGCUUAGCCAAGCGCUGUUAUUCGCUUGUGAUAUAACGCAGUUAGCCUCAGAGAACGCUUUCUGUUAAGGAACAACAACAACAACAACAACAACAACAACAACAACAACAACAACAACAACAACAACAACAACAACAACAACAACAACAACAACAACAACAACAACAACAACAACAUUAGAGUAGGCCAUUGUAAACAGAGUAGAACGGAGUAGAACAUAAUUACCAUAUGUUUAAAUGGCGCCCCAAUUACAAUUAAAACCAAAUGCGCCGUUCGCACUCCAUGUGUUCAAAAAGAAGGUCAUACACACAAGUGCUUAGGGGGAAGUUAAAGCACGGUGUUUCACAGUAUCUCAGCUUCUCGUUUGUCUAAAACGGAAGCCGUUCGUUGCUGUUAUUCUCUUUCCAAGACAACUUAUAUGUUGAGUAAGGUGCUUUGAAGAAACCUGUAAAUACCUCCCAGUCAUAAACAACGGUGUGUAUCCACUUUUCUUUAUCUUAAACGUCGAAGAUCAAGCUGCUAUCUUUCCUCCGCCUUGAAGGCAUGUAUAGCACAGGCCCCGAACAAUGCUGCUGACAGUGCUACUAGGCUGGAAGAAUGAACCAUAGAGCUUCGCAUUGCCCAAUGAUGCUUCUCGGCACCGUAGGAACGCGAACGUCUAAGCACUUUCAGUGAAAGCAGAUGGAGAGAUAGAGAUAGAGAGAGCUGCUGUCUUUAGGAAUGCACAGUUGCCGGUACGAUCACGAGCCCAUAACACAGCGUUUAUUUUUGUACAGGCGUCUUCAGCUGUUUGGCUUGCAAAUGGAAAUGUUCUGCUUCUUUUCUUAGCGGUCAGCUGGUCAGUUUCGCGAUGCAAGUCUCAAGAACGCUAUACAACUCGACGGCGCCUCUCCAUUCGAAGAGAUGUGAUGGAGACAUGUGUUCGAAGCCCCUGAAACUGACAUUUAUGCUGAAGUGGCUGUUUCCCUUCUGCGUCCCUAACUGCACUUCACGUUCUCCAAGCUCAAGAAAUAAAGUCAGCGCGAAGAGGAGCAUCGGAUGUCGUAGGGAAAGCGACCUCGUUUCCAUGUUGUGUAACGCGUCGUAGGACUUCAAAGAACGCGCGCGGCGCAGUGCUUGAGACUUCUUGUGCGUCAUCGAUAUUACUAAAUAGUGUUGUCGUAGUGUCGGAUGCCUCGUAACGCGGCUGCGAUAUGAAUGAGAUGUGUGCCCACGCUGUUUUGUCUGCUGCCAAGAGGAAAGGAGUUCUGAAAUGUCAAAGGCGUACUUACAAGCAGCUUUGUUGAAAAAGUUGUUUUAUUCAUCAGAUUUGUUUUUGCUAAAAUAAAGGCUGAUAAA